AUGGCAAAUCCUUUAGAAAAAAUUCAAGCACUUGAUGCCAUAGAAAAGGAAAUCAUUUUAUGCAUUCAAAGUGCUGGAAAUGCUUUACAAGAAUUAAGCAAAGAAAAGCCAAGUCAAAAAAAUGCCGAAAAUCAUACCAGCCAAUUUUUAAAAUCAGUAAAUAGUAUUGAAAAUAAGUUAUCAGAUCAAAUUAACUACUUACUCCAAGUUUCAACAACAUCUGCUCAUGAAGGAAGUGGCUAUGCAUCUGCAAAAGUGCUUCAAAUGGCUUGGCACAGAAUGCAUAAUGUCAGACAUCGAAUCAAAGAAUUGGAAGAUGCUGGAAAUAAGCAUGCCAAGAAGCAAAGUCAAAAUAUGUCUCUUUCAAAUAAUUUACAACGGUAA